AUGUUAAAGGCAUUGCCAUCUGGGUUUCUGAUUUUGUUAUUACUGGCAUCUGUUUCUGCUGCCGACAACGGAUUUCCGAGAUGUAAUUGUGAUGACGAGGGUAGUUUAUGGAGCAUCGACAGCAUUUUGGAGUGUCAGCGUGUGAGUGAUUUUUUGAUUGCUGUGGCCUACUUUUCUAUUCCUAUUGAACUCCUCUAUUUCGUUAGUUGCUCCAAUGUGCCCUUCAAAUGGGUUCUAUUUCAGUUUAUUGCCUUCAUUGUUCUAUGUGGGUUGACCCAUUUGCUCAAUGGUUGGACUUAUGGCCCCCACUCUUUCCAGUUGAUGCUAGCUCUCACCGUCUUCAAAAUUCUUACCGCCCUGGUUUCCUGUGCUACUGCUAUAACCCUCAUCACACUUAUUCCUUUACUUCUCAAGGUGAAAGUGAGAGAGUUUAUGUUGAAGAAGAAGACAUGGGAUCUCGGAAGAGAAGUUGGUAUGAUACUGAAGCAGAAAGAAGCUGGCUUACACGUUCGGAUGCUUACUCAAGAGAUCCGCAAGUCUCUUGAUCGACAUACGAUACUUUACACGACCAUGUUUGAGCUGUCUGAAACUUUGGGUUUGCACUACUGUGCAGUUUGGAUGCCUAAUGAGAGCAAGACGGUGAUGAAUUUGACUCAUGAGUUGAAAGAUAGGAGCUUCUCAAAUGGAUACAAUGUUUCUAUACCAAUAAGUGAUUCCGAUGUCAUUAAAAUCAAGGGCAGCGAUGGUGUUAAUGUUCUUGGGCCUAAUUCGGCCCUUGUUGUUGCUAACUGUGGCGAGUCUGAUGAACGUGGUCCUGCAGCAGCGAUUAGGAUGCCAAUGCUACGUGUCUCCAACUUUAAGGGAGGAACUCCUGAGAUAGUUCCAACUUACUAUGCGAUUUUGGUUUUAGUUCUCCCUGGUGGACAACCUAGAUCUUGGAAUAACCAGGAACUAGAGAUAAUAAAGGUGGUUGCUGACCAGGUGGCUGUUGCUCUCUCCCAUGCUGCUCUUCUGGAGGAGUCCCAGCUCAUGAGAGAUAAACUGGCUGAGCAGAAUCGAGAUCUGCAACAGGCCAAGGAGAAUGCUAUGAUGGCAAGCCAAGCUAGAAACUCCUUCCAGAAGGUAAUGAGUGAUGGGAUGAGGAGACCUAUGCACUCCAUCAUGGGUUUGCUUUCAAUGUUGCAGAAUGAGAAUAUGAAUGAUGACCAACGAAUUAUACUUGAUGCUAUGGUGAGGACUGGCAAUGUUGUAUCUACAUUGAUAGAUGAUGUUAUGGAAGAUCCAAUUAAGGAUAGUGCAAGAUUUCCUUUGGAGUUGGAGAUGAGAUCUUUUAGGUUACAUUCUAUGAUAAAGGAGGCAGCUUGUCUUGCCAAGUGCUUGUGUGCAUAUAAGGGCUUUGGUUUUGCCUUUGAAGUUCAGAGGUCUCUCCCUGAUCAUGUCAUGGGCGAUGAAAGAAGGGUUUUUCAGGUGCUUUUGCAUAUGGUGGGGAGCCUAUUAAAUGACAUCAACCAGGGAGGAGGAUAUGCUUUGUUUCGGGUUGUGGCCGAGAGUGGAAGUCAGGGACGGAAUGACCAAAGGUGGGGUAAUUGGAGGCAAAGCUCUUCUGAUGGGGAUGCCUUUAUCAGAUUUGAGAUUGGGAUAAAUAAGAGCAAUUCUCAAUCAGAGGGCUCUAUUCCAAAUGUGGUAUCUGGUGAUCGGAGAUACGCCAGUGAUGGAGCUGAGGAACGCUUGAGUUUUACCAUCUGCAAGAAGCUUGUUAAGUUGAUGCAAGGGAACAUAUGGGUAAUCCCUAAUCCUCAAGGAUUUACACGAAGCAUGGCACUUGUUCUUCGUUUUCAACUUCGACCCUCCAUAGCAGUGGCCAUGCCUGAACCUGGAGAAUCAUCAGAACAUCCACACUCCAAUUCCAUCUUCAGAGGAUUGCAAGUUAUUUUAGCCGAUGCAGAUGACAUGAACAGAGCUGUGACACGAAAAAUGCUCGAGAAGUUGGGCUGCAACGUGACUGCUGUUUCUUCUGGAUAUGAAUGUCUCACAGUCAUGGCACCAGCUGGUUCUUCGAUCCAAGUGGUGCUCUUGGAUCUUCACAUGCCAGAAUUAGAUGGUUUUGAAGUUACAACAAGGAUUCGAAAGUUUAGAAGCCAGAAUUAUAGGCCAGUGAUCAUUGCAUUAACUGCAAGUGCCGGUGAAGAUUGGGAGAGAUGCGUGCAGAUUGGGAUGAACGGUGUCAUACGAAAACCGGUUCAGUUACAGGGAAUCGCCCAUGAGCUUCGCCGUGCUCUGCUGCAAGCAAGUAAGGUUGUGUGAGGAGGAAUAGAGAACCUGGCAGUUAAUGUUUAUGUGCAAAAAUCUGGUUAUCUUGAUAGAGAGGUAGCAAGCAAAUAUAAUUAGUCUCUGACCUCAAAAGUCUGAGUUUCCCCAUCAAAUCUCUUCCGCCAGAGAGGAAUGUUACGAACUCGAAAAAAUGUUCAACAAUUUCACAGUGAAAAAUGGUAUACAAUAGUUGUCCC